AUGAGAAAUUCCACCUUCUAUCCCACCUACUUCCUGCUGGUUGGUAUUCCGGGAUUAGAACAUGAACACAUCUGGAUCUCGAUCCCUUUCUGUAUAAUCUACAUUUUGGCUUUGCUUGGAAACCUCCUGGUGAUGGUUGUCAUCUUCAUGUCUCCGAGACUCCACCAGCCUAUGUUUAUAUUCCUCUCCAUGUUGGCAUUCAAUGAUUGCCUCCUCUGUUCCACAUUUGCACCAAAAAUAUUGUCCGUCUUCUGGUUCAAUGACAGAGCCAUCAGCUUUAAUGGAUGUCUUCUCCAGUUGUUCUUCAUUCACUCCUUCACCAGCCUCGAAUCUGGGCUCUUAGUCUCCAUGGCUUAUGACCGCUAUGUGGCCAUAUAUAAGCCUCUCAGAUAUAGCACCAUAAUAACCAGCAGACUGAUAUUCAGGUUGGUCAUCAUCUUACUGGUCAGGGCAGUUGUUCUGGUCGCUCCUUGUCUUGUUUUAAUAAAGAGGUUCCCUGCAUUUAAGACCAACGUGAUUGCACAUUCCUACUGUGAGCACAUGGCGGUGGUGAAGCUCGCUGACGCUGAUAUUCGGGUGAACAGUAUAUAUGGACUAUUUGUGGCUUUCACCAUUCUUGGGGUUGAUUUACUCUUCAUUUUCUUAUCAUAUGUCAUGAUCUUCAAUAUCGUCUUCCGUCUUCCAUCUAAGGAGGCUCGUCUGAAAGCAUUUAACACGUGUACCCCUCAUAUCUGUGUGUUUCUAAGCUUAUACAGUAUGGCCCUGUUCUCUUUCUUAUCCCAUCGAUAUGGUAAGAAAAUUCCUCCUUAUCUCCACAUUAUCUUCUCUGAUAUCUAUCUCUUGGUUCCACCCAUGCUCAACCCACUCAUCUAUGGAGUGAAGACAAAUCUGAUUCGUGAGGAGAUCUGGAAAAUCCUAUGGAAGCAUUAA